UAGGGUUUGUGAUUAUAUAGAAUAAGACAGGCAAUUUGACCUUCAUUUCUGUGACGUCAUAUGUGUUUGUAUGUGCAUUAAUUUAUCAUGAAUAUAUGUGGUGUAUUUUUAUUUAUAAAAUAGGGCUUAUUAAUUUUAUUUAAAUGACUUUUUUUUUUUUUUAACUUUGUCUAUUUAAUUUACACCAUGUUGGGCGGAUUAUUUUAUUUUUUAAUUUUGUUCUUAUUGAAUGACCGUAAUAUACUGUUGCCAACCGGUCCAUUCUAUAAAUAUGUUUUAUUCUUUCAAAGAUCACUGUACAUAUGUAGCCGGUAAAUAAUCAUAAUAUUUAAAUGCAUGAAAAUAACGUUACUUUUUUUUUUUGAGUCCAAUAUCCAAACUAACAUUUUAUUUAUUAUUUUAAACACAAAAAUCCAUCAGAUAUUUAUCAAGGUUUUGAUACAAACUCAUGUUACGACAAUGUUUCAAAUAUAUAUAUUUACAUUCUGGCUAAAAAUAAGCAACAUCUACUACGUGAUCCAGUGACUUUUGAAAAUAUCCCAGAAAAUAUAUUGCGUAAGCUUAGACGUUUUUUUUUAUUUUUUCUAAUUCGAUUAUAGAAUUGAAAUAUUUUUUAUAAUAUUUUACAAUUAUGAUGACAUUGAUGCAAGCAACAAUUUAUUUAAUUUAAUAAACUCAUCAUAAUUUAUUAUUAAAGAAAAUAAAUCAUUUUUAUUUAUCAUUUACACUUGAAAAAAAAAAAAAAUUAAUUGAGAGUUUUAUUUAAUUUUUCAAUGAUAAAAGUUGAGAUAGAAUUUUUCUUUUAAAUGAGAUUAGUCAAGAGUUUACUUGAACUUGUUUAAACAAUACUUGGCAGUCUUCCAUUUAAAAUAUUUUAAAGACAUUGUACAUCUGUAAAAAUGCAGAUACACUUGUGUACCAAUAAUAAAAUUUGUUAUUAAUUUUUGAUAAAUUUUAUCAAUUAUAAAAAUAUUAUUUUAAUUAUAAUAAUCAUUAAUUAAAAAUUAAAAUAAUUUUCUUUAACUUUGAAAUUUUAAACAAAUAUUUUUAAAAUAUUUUUUUUUUCGAAAUUAAUAUUGUUUUUAUUUUGAGGGUCAAUUGAAGAUUAUGAAAAAAAAAUUAAUUUUAAAAUUUGCAAUUUGUAUUUCAAUGGCAUUUUAAAUUUUUAAUUAAUUGUUAAAUAGCUAAUUGAUAUUUUCUUGAUUAACCUGCCAAUGACAAUUGACAAGAUAUAAUUAUUGAAUAAUUUUUAAAAUGUUUAUUUAAAAUAUUAUUCAUUCAAGCAAUAAAGAUAUUUUAUUAUUUAUUUAACGAAUAACUUGUGAUAUUAAUAUAAAAUAUAAUUACAAUGAAUCAUCAAUAUAAAUUCCACAAGAAAUACUGCGUAAUGAGUAAUGACGUAAACACGUAGGUUUAAUAUCAUCAUCAACAUCAUCAUAUUCCCACCACAUAUGAUGAUAAUGUGAUGGGAAUAUAAAAUUGAUGAAAAAUCAACAUAUACUGAAUCCAUUGAUUAUCACUAUAAAUAAUUUUUUUUUUUUUUAUUUUCCACAUGGAUAAACAUAAACUUGAAUUCACCGGAAUUAACUUAUUCCCUAUAUUGAUUAAUAGCUUUUAUUUUUUGUUAAAAAAAAAAUUUAUAUAUUUAACAACAACAAUGUUCAAAUUGUUUGACGAUUCAAAUGAAUAGGCGCGCAAUGACAACGGGCGCGGUAUUUCCGGGCUCCAUUGCAACCGUACAACACAUUUAUCAAGCGUAGUUAAAUUAUAUUUAUUUACAAAUAAUUAAUUUACCAAUCAAUAACUAGCAAUUAAUAAAUAUAAAAAUCUUUAAUUCUAAUAUUUUAAAUUUGAUUAAAUUAUUCAAUUAAAAAAUAAAUAAUUAUAAUUUUUUUUUUCAAUUUUUAAUGAUUAUUUUUGCAUCAAUAAAUGCACUAUUUUUUGCGUAAAUAUAAUUGUAAACAACAUGGAACUACUUUCAAUAAGUCACAACGCAUGCGCAAAUAAAGGAUGACUGGAGUCGGCCAUCUUGCCUCGAAAUCCCACCAGUCAGUGGUUGCUCGUGUAACGACAGUUCGGAGUAUAGUCACCGCUCAAACAACUACAUUUUUUAUAAUCAUCAAUAAAUACAAUAAUUACUAUUAAAUAAUAAACUAACAAUCAUAAAUAAACAAAUAAAAAAUUUAUAUUAUUAUUAAUUUGUUUAAAUAAAAUUUAAAAAUUGUGUAAUUAAAGUAUAAAGAAAAAAAAGAAAAAAAAUUUAAUAGUGACAGUAGUAUAAUACAAGUGUUUUGUAUUAAAAAAAAUUUCAAGCGUAAUAUAUUUAUUUGAAAAAAAAAUUUUAAAAAAUGGCGAUGCAAGUGCAGGGCACAAUUCUUGAUGUACUCAAGAAAAAAAUGCGACAAACUAAAGAAGAAAUGGAAAAAUAUAAAGAUGAGUGUGACGUGUAUCAGAAGCAGUUGCAGGUGGAAGUGAUGCGACGCGAGGAAGCUGAAUCUGAGGUUGCAGCCCUCAAUCGUCGCAUCCAGCUCCUUGAAGAAGAUCUUGAAAGAUCUGAGGAGAGACUUGCAACUGCUACUGCCAAAUUGGCUGAAGCAUCCCAAGCUGCUGAUGAGAGUGAACGGAUACGCAAGGCUCUUGAAAAUCGCACCAACAUGGAGGAUGAUCGAGUCUCAAUUUUGGAGCAACAAUUGACCCAGGCCAAGCUCAUCGCUGAAGAGGCAGACAAGAAGUACGAGGAGGUUGCUCGUAAAUUGGCCAUGGUUGAAGCCGAUCUUGAGCGUGCUGAAGAACGUGCUGAGGCUGGAGAAUCUAAAAUCGUUGAAUUGGAAGAGGAACUCCGUGUUGUUGGCAACAAUUUAAAAUCCCUUGAAGUAUCAGAGGAAAAGGCGACACAAAGGGAGGAAAAUUUCGAAGGCCAAGUGAAGAACCUUGAAAGUUCAUUAAAAGAGGCUGAGGCUCGUGCUGAGUUCGCUGAACGAUCUGUUCAGAAACUCCAGAAAGAGGUCGACAGGCUCGAGGACGAUCUCCUUGGUGAAAAAGAAAAAAACAAAAUGCUACAAGAGGAAAUGGAAGCAACUCUACAUGACAUCCAGAAUAUGUAGAUCUUCGGUGUUUAAUUUCGGUGGAUUAACAAAAAAAAAGAAAUUUAUAUAUCACCCAUUUAUACAUGAAUGUUUUUUUUUUGUUUUGGAUAUAACACUAUGAUAAUGGUGCAUAUCAUAAAUUUAAAAAAAAAAAAAAAGAAACUAGAACGAGUAUGGAGAUGUCAAUUAGGCUACUCUUCCUACUCUUCAAUUUGUUUUAAUGGAUCAAAUUGCUGACACCACCGUCCACCGUUUGUCUGAUGAAUGAAUGAGUAAUUUUUGAAUGCAUGAGAAAUUAUUAAUAUACAUAAAAUACGUGAUGAAAGAACAAUCUGUCAAAAGUAUAUAUAAAAAAAAAAACUGAGCAGUAAUUUUUGCAUUAAAAAAUCAAUGUAAAAGAAGGAGAAAAAAAAA